CCCGUCGCGCGAAUCGGUUUCGCUCGUUUACAUCACAGGCGGAUAGCUAGAGCAAAAGGAGAGUGCCACGAUGUCCGAAAACAAGAGUCCGAUCAAGUAUUUCCUGUCGGGUGGGUUCGGUGGAAUUUGCACGGUACUGGCCGGGCACCCAUUGGACACGAUAAAGGUACGUCUCCAAACGAUGCCGCUACCGGCGGCAGGCCAAUCGCCCUUGUACGCCGGAACGCUCGAUUGCGCCAAGAAGACGAUCGCGCGCGAAGGCUUCCGUGGACUCUACAAAGGCAUGUCGGCUCCGAUCACGGGAGUAGCGCCGAUUUUUGCCGUCAGCUUCUUCGGUUUUGGACUGGGCAAGCGUUUGCAGCAGAAAACACCCGAUGAAGAGCUGAACUACACGCAGCUCUUCGCAGCAGGCGCGUUCUCGGGUAUCUUCACGACCACCGUGAUGGCACCGGGAGAGCGGAUCAAGUGCUUGCUGCAGAUUCAGCAGGGUGGCAAUUCACCCCAGAAGUACAGCGGCAUGGUGGACUGUGCCAAGCAGCUGUACGCCGAGGGCGGUAUGCGCAGCAUCUACAAGGGCGCCUUUGCCACGCUGUUACGUGAUGUGCCUGCAUCCGGUAUGUACUUCCUCACGUACGAGUACAUCCAGCGAGCGCUGGCACCCAAGGCUGGUGAAAAGAAGGACGCCUCGAUCGGGCUGCUAGGGACGAUCUUCGCCGGUGGUAUGGCCGGCAUUGCUAACUGGGCGAUUGGAAUGCCGGCGGAUGUACUGAAAUCGCGGCUUCAGACCGCACCGGAGGGAUCCUACCCGAACGGUAUUCGUGAUGUGUUCCGGGAGUUGAUGCGGCAAGAGGGACCGUUGGCGUUAUACAAAGGUGUCACACCGGUUAUGUUGCGAGCGUUCCCAGCCAACGCGGCCUGUUUCAUUGGCGUGGAAGUGUUUAUGAAAUUCCUCAACCUCGUCGCCCCGGGACUUUAGACAACCAGGUGCAAGAAGUGCAAUGAGAGCAGGGAUUUGUUUCUAUUGUUUGUUUUUUAUUUUCUCCUUGUUACCGACUGCGUAUUUCACUCUGUUUUAGAUAAUCGUACAUCGUGACCUCUCGAAGUUCUAGGAAUGAAAAGUGUAGCGAAAGCGUAUAGACUAACACACUGCCGGGCAGGUUCUCUAGGGAAGCAAUCAUCAUUUUUUCUGUUAUUUUUGUAAUAAAAAUUCA